AUGAGUGUUGAUAACCCAAAAUUGCGCACCGAUCCAUUUGAUAGACCAAAAAUUGACUUUGAUUUUUUCAGUGAUGCUGAAGCUGUGAGUUUUUCCCAUUUAUCAUUGAUAUUUGAAAACAAAGAAAAUUGCUUUUCAGAGAUGUCGAAGUCUCCUCGAGAAGCUGGAAAAAUCAGUAGAUCCAAAAUUGAAAGGAGAAGAUUUGUUCAAAAGUUCUUUGAAAAUAUUUUGUGCAGAAUGGCGUUCUAGAAAGAAGAAUUCUGAAAUUGCACUGAAGGUAGGUAACUUGAAAAAUUAUUUAUUUUCAGAAACAUUUAUUUUUCAGGGCCUCUUGAUCGUUCUAGAAUUGUGUUUAGCUCAACCCACUCAACAGAGUUCGAUAUUUGCUGCACUUAUUGAUACUCUUGGCUAUAACACUCUAACCUUCUGGAAGUCAUCAGUUCCUCAUAUUUACAACUCGGAUUUGUCAUAUUCAACACAAUAUCGAGAUUCAUUACUGUUUUCAUUAGUUUUAUACGAUGUGAAUAAUAGUAAAAAUCGAUUACGUGAACUGUAUGCGGCAGUUCCAGGUGUCAGAAAAAGUAUGUUAGGUACACAUGCAAAAUUGUUCGGCGAGAAAUAUCGACACAUUCAGGUGAGCUUUUUUCUAGAUAAAGAAAAACAUUUUUCAAAUUUAAAAUGUUUGUAGAUGGUACGAUCUCGCGCCAACUCAAGAAUGUCGUCAGUUCAAGGAUCAACAGAAGAUCUUCUAUCACUUGAUAAUGAUGUGGUUUCUGAUGAACAUUCUGAAGUAACAAGUAAUUCACAUCAUUCAUCGAUUCCAAAUGCUUUAUGUGAUUUGGCUCAUCAUAAGGUUAGUAGCUUUUUUGAAACCAUUCAAAAAUAUUUGGUGUGUUUUCAGCAACGUGUUAUCAAUGUGUCUAACGCUCCACCUGUUUCAAUCAGCCGCAAAACCAGCGGAUCAUGGGAAAUCAAACAAGGUUCCGGUGGUCUUGUUGCAUGUGUUGAUCCAGUUAUGUCCGGAGAUCGAGAAAAUAUAUGGUUAUCAAAUCUUGGAUUCAAUUAUCAAGAUGAGAACGAAGAUGUUGCGCCAUCAACAAAUUCGUUAGGACUUCCAUUAAUAAAACAGGCACGCGCUGGAGAAGUUUUUCAUGUUCUCGAAGAAAAUGACAAGAAAGUUGAGCUAACUCCAAAACAACAAAUUGUUGAGUAAGUGCUUUUGAGAAAAGUGCGAUAAUGAAAACACAUAUUUUCAGAAGAGAUAUGUCAUUGUUAUCUGUUUUGAAUGAUUAUAAUAAAAAGAGUUAUCAAUUGAAUCCAGUUGUUGUUAGCAAUGAUGAUUAUAACACAUAUUAUGGUGGAAUCAGUAAUGGAUUGUUAUGGCCAGCUCUUCAUAAUCUACCACAACAUAUUGUUUCCGAUUACGAUGAUUUGAGUGUGCUGAAAGAUCAUUGGUGUAGUUACGUGAGAGUUAAUUAUCAAUUCGCUAUCAAUGCCGCUAGAAAUAGUCGAGCUCAAGAUUUUAUUUGGAUUCAUGAUUAUCAUUUGAUGUUAUGCGGUGCAAUUAUGAGAUCGCUGGAAAGCAGUUUAGAGGUAAUCCUUGAUAAGUGAGAUUUCGUAAUUCAUAAACUUUUCAGGUCGGAUUCUUCUUACAUAUUCCAUUUCAACCACCAGAAGAUUUUAUGACCAAAUAUCGAAUUGUUGCUGAUCCAAUAAUUCGAGCCCUUCUUAGAUUCACCAAAGUUGGAUUUCAAACAAGUCGGGAUCGUGAAACAUAUGUUCGACUAGUUCGAGAGAAUAUUCCAAGAGCUAGAAUUCAAUAUGAUGCGCGACUUGAUAGAUAUACCAUUGCUCACGAUGUGAGUAACCUCAAUUUAUUUUCAAAACCAAACACUUUCUCAAAUGAUGAUAUUUUAGGGUUGGACAUGCUCUCUUGGUGUUUUCCCAGUUUCAAUUAAAAUUGAAGAUUUUCUCAAUAUUGCCAAUGAUCCACAAACAAGAAUUGAAGCAGAAACCAUCAGAAAGAAUGUGAGUAAAUUUUUUGUUUUUUUUUAACCAAAUGUUUAUUUCAGAUAUUGUCAAGUUCUGGUCCAACUGGAAGAUUUUUCUUCUCUGUGGAGAGAUUUGAUUAUACAAAAGGUAUCGAAGAAAAACUUCAAGCAUGGAAAAGAUUUUUCGAAAAACAUCCGGAUCGAAUUGGUAAAGAUGUUCUGUUACAAGUCGCUGUGAUAAAUCGAAGAUCAGUAGAAUCAUAUCGGAAAUAUCAGGAUGAUUGUAUUGCAAUGGCUGAGCAAAUCAAUAAUACUAUCAAGAGUGCAGAAUUUCCAAAUUGGAAACCAUUGAUUUUUGAAACAGAUGGUUUGCCAAGAACAAAAUUGAUUGCACACUAUCUGGCUAUGGAUGUUGGUGUAGUUACACCAUCGAAAGAUGGAAUGAAUCUUGUUGCAAAAGAAAUGCUUGUAUGUAAUCCAGUUGCGUCGUUGGUUCUUUCGACUGGUGCUGGAACUGAAGUUCAAUUAGGAAGUGCUGGUUUCUAUUCUGAUACUGAUCGUUGUUAUCAUCGCGUUGAAGAUAUUCAUGACAUUGAGGUGAGUUAUUUUAACGGGAGAAGUAUAACGCUUCAAUGUGUUUAUCAUUUCAGAAUUUUGCUGAGAGCUUCUAUAGAGCAUCUGUUGAAAGUGUUGAAAGUCGAGAAGAAAAUGGAAGAAAGUUGAAUAAAUUCCUGACUGAACAUGAUAUUGAGGAGUGGAGUAGCGCAUUUUUAGAUCCAAAUUGGACACACGAAGUUAUCAGCAGAAGUGAUGUUAAACAACUCGCGGAUUUCUAUAUUCUCAUGGAUAAAACUGCAAGAGUUCGAAGACAGAUUGUUGAAGUUGUUUUGAAAGGUCUACCAAUUCGUCCACAUUUCACAUUAUCUUUGGAGAAUGCGAAGAAUGCGCUUGAAAGUUCAUGUGAAGAAGGAACGAAUAAAUUGGUGCUUCAAACAACAAACUCUGCUGAUGAUGUUGAUGACAAUAAUCUUGAAGCGAAAUUCGAUAUUUCUGAUGAAUUGAAUGAACUUCAGAAAGAUAUUGCAUUCUUGUCGUUUAUUCAAUCAGAUGAGAUCACAAAUGUUGAACAAUUUAUUGACGUAAGUUUACUUUUCUGAUAAACUCAACACAAAGUUUUCUUUAGACUCUUGGGUCAUUCCAUCCAUCAGGACCUUCUGUGUUUGCAACUGAAGUUGAAAACGCUGUACAACUUCUUGUGCAAGGUGAACACUUCCAUUACUUCUUCACUGAUCGAGAUGGAACAUUGAAAAGUUAUGCAUGUUCAUAUCCAACAAGUAUUCAGCCAGCGUAUUCUGCAGUUAUUCAGGUAAUUUUAGAGGAAAUUUAGCAUUCAAACAAUUCAAUUGAUUUCAGGCUCAAUUUGCUAGAAGAUGUGCACAAUUUUGUGCUAUCGUCACAACUGCUCCUUUGAUUCACAUUGGAAUUUUGAAUGUUGCCACAAUUCCAGAAGGAUAUUAUGCUUUUGGAGCAUCUGCUGGAAGAGAAUGGUAUUUCAAUCCAGCAAUGCAAUUCAAAGAUGAUUCAGUUUCUGAUGGAGAUUUGCAAUUACUGAAUAAUGCUUUUGAUAAGAUUGAAGAUUUGCUCGAAACUCCAGAAUAUCGAAAUUUCACUUGGAUUGGAAGUGGACUUCAGAAACAUUAUGGGCAUAUCACAAUUGCCAAACAAGAUGUGAAUAAUUCCAUUCCAAAAAAGAAAAUGAUUCAACUUUAUGAACAAAUUACUAAAAUUGUGAAUGAAACUGAUCCAGCUGGAACUGUUCUAACAAUCAGAGAAUCUGACCUUGAUAUCAAAAUUUACACAAAGGUAAGAUUUAUAUUAUAAGAAAACCUAUAAAUUGGUUUAUAUAUUUCCAGGCCAAAUUAAGUGGUCGAAUUUUCAACAAAGGACACGGUGUCCGGCUUGUUGAACGUAAAAUGGGUAUCAAUUUGAAUGAUGGCAACAUUUUGGUUUGUGGUGAUUCGGAAUCGGAUAUUCCGAUGCUUGAAGAAUGUUUGUCAGUUGCUGCAGCUAAUGUAUAUACUAUUUGGGUUACUGAAGAUGAUGUUCUCAAAGAAAAAGUGAGUUUUGAUUAUAACCGUUUGGUUUCAAUUUCUCCAAUUGAUUUUUCAGGUAACCUCGCUUUGUGCUCAAUAUUCAAAUACAAAUAUAAGAUUUGUAUCAUGUCCUCAAGUUUUACUCGGUGCCAUGGCGGCUGCAACCGUCAAAGAACUGACACGUGGUGGCUCAAAUGAGACGUCUUUUCGAUUAGAUCAAGAUUAA